GGCAGGAGUUCGGUUGAGAGUGUGAUGGUGGGGGAGUACCACUGAUGAGAGAGCGGACCCACUGACACGGCCACAUUCACCGACUGGACACUGUUCGACCCCGGGACACGGCUCCUUCCUCCACUGUGUGCGGUGGCCAAGUGUGUUUUGCCUCUGGUUCCCAGCAGCAAUGUCACAGAGGAGUGGGCAGGAGGACCCAGAGCAGUACCUUUUUGUGGACCGCGCCGUGGUCUACAACCCGGCUGCUCAGGCCGACUGGACUGCCAAGAGGCUAGUAUGGAUCCCUUCAGAACGUCACGGCUUCGAGGGCGCCAGCAUUCGAGAGGAGCGUGGGGAUGAGGUGGUGGUGGAAUUGGCAGAGAAUGGGAAGAAGGCAGUGGUCAACAAGGAUGACAUCCAGAAGAUGAACCCACCAAAGUUCAGCAAAGUGGAGGACAUGGCCGAACUCACCUGCCUGAACGAGGCAUCUGUGCUUCACAACCUCAAAGACCGUUACUAUUCUGGCCUCAUUUAUACAUACUCCGGUCUCUUCUGUGUCGUCAUAAAUCCCUACAAAAACCUGCCUAUCUACUCAGAGAAUAUCAUUGAGAUGUACAGGGGCAAAAAGAGGCAUGAAAUCCCCCCACAUAUCUACGCAAUCUCAGAGUCUGCAUAUAGAUGCAUGCUACAAGAUCGAGAGGACCAAUCCAUUCUUUGCACAGGUGAGUCAGGAGCUGGGAAGACUGAAAACACCAAAAAGGUCAUUCAGUACCUGGCACAUGUUGCCUCUUCCCACAAAGGAAGAAAAGACCACAACAUUCCUCCAGAGUCACCGAAACCAGUCAAACUGCAGGCUCACAAUGCUGUUAGUGGACCCCUGUUUUAUGGGGAAUUGGAACGUCAGCUUUUACAAGCCAACCCCAUCCUGGAAUCUUUUGGCAAUGCCAAGACAGUGAAAAAUGACAACUCCUCAAGAUUUGGGAAAUUCAUCCGGAUCAACUUUGAUGUCACCGGAUACAUUGUUGGAGCCAAUAUUGAAACCUACUUACUGGAGAAAUCCAGAGCUAUUCGUCAAGCCAAAGAUGAGCGUACCUUCCACAUCUUCUACCAGCUGCUGGUUGGAGCUGGAGAACACCUCAGAUCGGACCUGCUUUUGGAAGGAUUCAAUAACUACCAUUUCCUGUCCAAUGGCAACAUCCCAAUCCCAGGACAGCAGGACAAAGACAACUUCCAUGAGACAAUGGAGGCCAUGCACAUCAUGAGCUUCGGCCAUGAGGAGAUUCUGGCCAUGCUGAAGGUCGUGUCCUCUGUGCUUCAGUUUGGAAACAUUGUCUUCAAAAAGGAGAGGAACUCUGACCAAGCCUCUAUGCCUGAUAAUACUGCUGCUCAGAAGCUGUGUCACUUGCUUGGUAUGAAUGUAAUGGAGUUUACCAGAGCAAUCCUGUCACCAAGGAUCAAAGUGGGAAGAGACUACGUCCAGAAAGCACAAACUAAAGAGCAGGCUGACUUUGCUGUCGAGGCCCUGGCCAAAGCAACAUAUGAACGUCUGUUCCGCUGGCUGGUCCAUCGCAUUAACAAAGCUUUAGACAGAACCAAAAGACAGGGUGCCUCCUUCAUCGGCAUCCUGGACAUUGCGGGUUUUGAGAUUUUCCAGUUGAACUCGUUUGAGCAGAUGUGUAUCAACUACACUAAUGAAAAGCUGCAGCAGCUCUUCAACCACACCAUGUUCAUCCUGGAGCAGGAGGAGUACCAGAGGGAGGGCAUCGAGUGGAGCUUCAUCGACUUCGGCCUGGACCUACAGCCCUGCAUCGACCUCAUUGAGAGGCCGGCCAACCCUCCAGGUGUGUUGGCUCUGCUGGAUGAAGAGUGCUGGUUCCCCAAGGCCACAGACAGGACCUUUGUAGACAAGCUGAUCCAGGAACAGGGCACACACACCAAGUUCCAGAAGCCCCGUCAGCUCAAAGACAAGGCCGACUUCUGCAUUAUCCACUAUGCUGGCAGGGUGGACUACAAGGCAGACGAGUGGUUAAUGAAGAACAUGGACCCUCUGAACGACAACGUGGCCACUCUUUUGCAUCAGUCCACUGACAAAUUUGUAGCUGAGCUUUGGAAAGACGUCGACCGCAUUGUGGGCCUGGACCAGGUGGCAGGAAUGAACGAGACAGCUUUUGGUGCUACCUAUAAAACGAAAAAGGGCAUGUUUCGCACUGUGGGACAGCUCUACAAGGAGUCGCUCACCAAACUCAUGGCCACACUGAGGAACACCAACCCCAACUUUGUCCGCUGCAUCAUCCCUAACCACGAGAAGAGAGCUGGUAAACUGGAGCCUCACCUGGUUCUGGACCAGCUCAGGUGCAAUGGAGUUCUGGAGGGGAUUCGCAUCUGCAGACAGGGCUUCCCCAACCGCAUCGUCUUCCAGGAGUUCAGGCAGAGAUACGAGAUUCUGACACCCAAUGCAAUCCCCAAGGGAUUUAUGGAUGGAAAACAAGCCUGUGAAAGAAUGAUCCACGCUCUGGAGCUGGACCCCAACCUGUUCCGUAUCGGUCAGAGUAAGAUCUUCUUCAGAACAGGCGUCCUGGCUCACUUGGAAGAGGAGAGAGACCUGAAGAUCACUGACAUUAUCAUCUACUUCCAGUCUGUGUGCCGUGGAUACUUGGCACGCAAAGCCUUUGCUAAGAAGCAGCAGCAACUGAGUGCCCUGAAGGUCCUCCAGAGGAACUGUGCGGCUUACUUGAAGCUACGUCACUGGCAGUGGUGGCGGCUGUUCACCAAGGUGAAACCUUUGCUACAGGUCACCAGACAGGAGGAGGAGCUGCAGGCCAAAGACGAGGAGCUGAUAAAGGUGAAGGAGAGACAGCUCAAGGUGGAGAAUGAGAUGGUGGAGAUGGAGAGGAAACACCAACAGCUCGUUGAGGAGAAGAAUAUUUUAGCAGAGCAACUCCACGCAGAGACGGAGCUGUUCGCCGAAGCCGAGGAGAUGAGAGUUCGUCUGCUCUCAAGGAAGCAAGAGUUGGAGGAGAUCCUUCAUGAUCUGGAGUCUCGGGUGGAGGAAGAGGAGGAGAGGAACCAAAGCCUGCAGAAUGAGAAGAAGAAGAUGCAGUCACACAUCCAGGAUCUGGAGGAGCAGCUCGAUGAGGAGGAAGCCGCACGACAGAAGCUGCAGCUGGACAAAGUGACGGGUGAGUCAAAGAUCAAGAAGAUGGAGGAGGAUAUUCUGCUGCUGGAGGACCAAAACUCCAAAUUCCUCAAGGAAAAGAAGUUGCUAGAGGACAGGAUCGGAGAGAUGACUUCCCAGCUAACUGAGGAGGAGGAAAAGGCGAAGAACCUCGGCAAAGUCAAGAACAAGCAAGAGCUGAUGAUGACUGACCUGGAAGAGCGUUUAAAGAAGGAGGAGAAAACCCGUCAGGAGCUUGAGAAGGCCAAGCGUAAACUAGACGGUGAGAUGACCGACCUGCAAGACCAGAUCGCUGAGCUUCAGAUCCAGGUGGAGGAGCUGAAGAUCCAACUAACCAAGAAGGAGGAGGAGCUGCAGGCUUCUCUGGCCAGGAGUGACGAGGAGACCGUCCAGAAGAACAACGCCUUGAAGCAGGUUCGGGAGCUGCAGGCCCAGCUGUUGGAGCUUCAGGAGGAUCUAGAAUCCGAGAAGUUGUGUCGAACUAAAGCUGAAAAACUCAAGAGGGACCUGAGUGAAGAGCUCGAGGCUCUGAAGACGGAGCUAGAGGACACGCUGGACACCACUGCCGCCCAGCAGGAACUCAGGACCAAGCGAGAGCAAGAAGUGGCAGAGCUGAAGAAGGCCAUAGAUGAGGAGACCAAAAACCACGAGGCUCAGAUCCAGGAAAUGAGACUGAGGCACGCCACAGCGCUGGAAGAACUCUCUGAACAGCUCGACCAAGCCAAGAGGUUCAAGGCAAACCUGGAGAAGAACAAACAGAGUCUAGAGAGUGACAACAGAGAGUUGGCCUGUGAGUUGAAGAGUCUGCAGCAGACAAAGACAGAGUCGGAACACAAGAGGAAGAAACUGGAGUCCCAGAUGCAGGAGUUUACGGCCAGAGCCACAGAGGUUGAGAGGACCAAGGGAGAGCUGUCUGAACGCUCGCACAAACUCCAGACUGAGCUGGACAAUGUUUGCGCACUGCUGGAGGAGGCAGAGAAGAGGGGCGUCAAACUGACCAAGGAGGUUGACAACCUGAACAGCAAACUGCAAGACUCAGAGGAGUUGAGGCAGGAGGAGACACGUCAGAAGCUGAACCUGAGCGGCCAAAUCCGCCAGCUGGAGGUGGAGAAGAACACUUUGUUGGAGCAGCAAGAGGAGGAGGAGGAGGCACGACGCAACCUGGAGAAACACCUGCAGUCGGCGCAAUCUCAGCUGUUUGAGACAAAGAAGAAGCUGGAGGAGGAUGUGGGAGCGAUGGAGGGCCUGGAGGAGGCAAAGAAGAAACUUCAGAAGGACAUGGAGCUGACCAACCAGCGUCUGGAGGAGAAGACCAUGGCCAUGGACAAGAUGGAGAAGACCAAGAACCGACUGCAACAGGAGUUGGAUGAUUUGAUGGUGGACCUGGACCACCAGAGACAUAUCGUCUCCAACCUGGAGAAGAAGCAGAAGAAGUUUGACCAGAUGCUGGCAGAGGAGAAGACCAUCUCAGCUCGUUACGCUGAGGAGCGUGACCGUGCCGAGGCGGAGGCCAGAGAGAAGGACACCAAGGCUCUGUCUAUGGCCAGAGCUCUGGAGGAGGCUUUGGAGGCUAAAGAGGAACUGGAACGGUUUAAUAAGCAGCUCCGUGCUGAAAUGGAGGACCUGAUGAGCUCAAAGGACGACGUAGGAAAGAAUGUCCACGAACUGGAGAAGUCCAAGCGUGUGCUGGAGCAGCAGGUGGAGGAGAUGAGGACUCAGCUGGAGGAGCUGGAGGAUGAGCUGCAGGCCACAGAAGAUGCCAAACUGCGUCUGGAGGUCAACAUGCAGGCUAUGAAGGCUCAGUUUGACCGAGAUGUGCAGGCCAGAGAUGAGCAGGGAGAGGAAAAGAAGAGGGCACUGGUCAAACAGGUGCGUGAGAUGGAGGCAGAGUUGGAGGAUGAGAGGAAGCAGAGAACUCUGUCUGUCGCUGCCAAGAAGAAGUUGGAGAUGGACCUGAACGAGCUGGAGGGACAGAUCGAAGCUGCCAACAAAGGCAGGGAUGAGGCCAUCAAACAGCUCCGCAAACUACAGGCUCAGAUGAAGGACUAUCAGAGGGAGCUGGAGGAUGCUAGAGCCUCCAGAGAUGAGAUCUUCACCCAGUCCAAAGAGAACGAGAAGAAACUCAAGAGUCUAGAGGCUGAAAUCUUACAGCUACAGGAGGACCAUGCAGCAUCAGAGAGAGCCCGACGACAUGCUGAGCAGGAGAGAGAUGAGCUUGCUGAUGAGAUCUCCAACAGCGUCUCUGGAAAGUCGUCGCUGCUGGAGGAGAAGAGGAGACUGGAGGCUCGGAUCACGCAGCUGGAAGAGGAGCUGGAGGAGGAGCAGGGGAACAUGGAGAUGCUCAACGACCGCUUCAGAAAAACCACAAUGCAGGUGGAAAGCCUGAACACUGAGUUGACCGGAGAGCGCAGCGCCGCACAGAAGAGUGAGAGCGCUCGACAACAGAUGGAACGACAGAACAAGGAUUUGAAAGUGAAGCUGGCAGAGUUGGAAGGGACCGUCAAGUCCAAGUUUAAAGCGUCCAUCGCUGCCCAGGAGGCCAAGAUUCUGCAGCUGGAGGAGCAGCUGGAGCAGGAAGUCAAGGAGAGAGCAGCAGCAAACAAAAUCGUUCGUCGCACAGAGAAAAAACUGAAGGAGGUGAUGAUGCAGGUGGAGGACGAGCGUCGCCAUGCCGAUCAGUACAAAGAGCAGAUGGAAAAAGCCAACUCUCGUAUGAAGCAGCUUAAGCGUCAGUUGGAGGAGGCAGAGGAGGAAGCCACCAGGGCCAACGCCUCCCGCAGGAAGCUGCAGAGGGAGCUGGAUGACGCCACCGAGGCCAGUGAGGGUCUCACCCGGGAGGUCAACUCCCUCAAGAACCGCCUCAGGCGUGGAGGUCCAGUCAGCAGCUUCUCUUCCGGCCGUUCAGGCCGCCGCAACCUCAAUCUGGACGGUGCGUCUGUCGACAUGUCAGACGACGACGCUGACAGCCGCGCCAGCGACUUCAACGAGACUCCAACCCCCAACGCGGAGUGAUUCCAGCACCACACAUUCCUUGCUUUUCCCUUGUCCUCAUCACUCCCCACCUCCGGUUCACCUCAUUCACCUGUGACCUGCGCCCACCCCCACCCCACCAAGCGAUCCUCGGCAGAGUGCCCCGGCAGCGCCUCUGCCCUUUUUGUAUCAGUUAACACUGCAGGGAAAAUCCACCGCCCUCCCCUUAGGUAAAACCUCCAGGCCUGGAGUGUCACAGGGGCAAACGGACAUUUCUGCCUUACUCUGCUCUCAUUCAGCAAGCUGCUAGUCCUGGUUCAUCUGUCAGCCAUGUAUCUCAGCAUCACAACACCCCCCUCUGAUGUACGGACUGCAACACUACAGGAACGACUAACAUCUCGGGGCUUGCAAUACAACAAAGUGGACUAAAUUGAAAAUGUAUUACUGUGACAAAAAGGUGUUUUAUUUUCUCUGUUACUUCAUCUCAAUGAUUAACGAAGGAAUGUCUCACUGAGGUUUUAAGUAAGAAUCUCAGAGCUCAUUAGGUUAACUGCUCUGCACUGUUGACCACACUGGUUCAUAAUUCAGUUUGGACCGACUGGAGAUGUUGGAAAAUGCACAGAACUGCACAUGAAGAUGUUUGAAUUUUUAAACUGGAAACCAACAGGGAAAAAAAGCUCUUACUGGAAAGUGUUCACUCAGUGACACUAAGUAGUUACAGCUUAGAUUUACAUGUGUACUUUGAUUAGAAAUUAAGACUGAUUGAAAAUAAUGAUCUUCUCACUACAUUUCAGUGUUUGUGCUGAGUCACAGUUUGUAUUAUUACAAUCACGUCACAGAGCUGAGUCAGUCAAUAAAUUCCCGUGGAUCUUUUAAAAUUUAAAACGUUAAGCUCUUAACUUCUGUUCUGAAGUGUUUUUGUUUGUUUUUCAUAUUUUUUACUUCCUUGACCAUCUGGAUAAAAAAUAUUCCAUCUGCUGCAUGAUAGCAUUUAGAACAUGAGCCAGGAUGGACGAGAUGUCUUAGACCACUCCCAAAAAUUUGUUUUACUUUUAAUAUUUUAUGGAAACUGGUUUUUAACCUUUUUCUCGAAGUUGUGACCAUUUCCUAAUUCAAACAAACAAAAUAAAUGUCAAAUUUUAUGUUAAUUUCUUUUAUGUUAAAGCAACACAAUGUAAGAAUGGCUCUGGGGUCAAAUCAGAGGUUAGGGGUAAGGUGUAUUUCACGUUUUUAUCACUAUCCUAAAUACAAAUCUCAGUUUGAACCUGACAUGCACAGAGGUACACACAUGCACUCGUUGACAAGCAGACCGAAAAUGAACCGACAACCUUAGAAGCCAAAGAACCAUGACAACUUGCAAGGUAGAGUUAUGUGAUAGGCAAAUAUGAUGCAUGAUUUUAUUUGAUGAAAGCAUCAUACAUACCAUAUAUACGUGUUGUAUAUAGGUCACUACACUCUAUAUGCACUACAUAUAUACUACAUUUUUACACAACAUAAAGAUCUCUAACUUAGUGUUGUGUGCCGUUGCCUCAGUGUAGAGCUGUGAACACUUUCUCUCUCACCACCGGGACAAAGACCUGUUAAAACAUCCAUAAAGUUUUUACCAUGCUCUGAGAAGUCUUACUUUGUGUGUCCCGCCUGUCGCCCGCUACAGAUGAUCAACCAGGUCGGCAUCUGUCUGUCAUCCUUUUGUAUCUUUCAGCUCUCGCCACUGAGUAAAGCAGGUCUGAUUUUCCUUUUCACUCUGUUUCUUACAAUGUCACUUUCUCUUAUGCCGUAUAGCUUGUAGAAAAGAAUGUGUUGACAAAAUCUCACAUGUUCAUUAGUGCUGUAGCCGUUCUUGAGCUGAAGCUGAAGUUGUCAUGGAGAUGUAGAUACUCAAAUUUCCAAUUUCUUCUAAAUAGAUUUUGAUCCUUUAGUCCGUACACAACACCGUUACAGGAGUUCUGUUAUCAGCACUACCCUGCUGAAUUGUUUUACCGUGCAGAAUACAUUUUCAUCCAGAUGGUUGGAUUAGUCUAGGAUUUUAGAAAUAACUUCAGAACAGAAUUUAAUAACCUUUUUGGUUUUUCAAAUUUCUUUACUUUUUCCAGAUUUUUGGGGCAUUAAGCCUAUUUUGAUCAGAGUUGAAAUGGAAAAGGGGGGGACUCAAGCUUCCAUACAUGGCCGCCUCCUCCACCAGGUGAGCUGUUGGUGCCCUUGGAUGUUAACUUUUAAUUUGCAGCUCUGUGACAUGUUUGUUUUAAUAAAACGUAAAGAUGACACAAUGGGGCUUGUCUGUGCCAUGAUUGUGCGAGUUGAAGCCUGACUUUAGACUCCUGACAGACAGGUAGUGACAGGAAAUUUCUCUUAUUGUUUUCUCACAACUUGAGCAAAAACGCCAAUUGGGCCGGUCAACCCUUUGCCCUUCACUCAAAUGUUAACAAUUAACUGUAGAUUUCUUUAAAAGUGCCUUAGACACUAAUUAGGAACAUAAAGGGGCAAAUAUUUAACUACAGAUGUGAAACAAAACCUUAUUGGGAUGAAAUCGGUACAUCCAAAGUAUAUCCAACACUUUUUCUUUUGUAUCGUUGCUGUGCUUCAUAUCAUAUCCGCUGUGUUUUUUAAUGUUCAUAAUAACUUCCUUGCUAGAUCCAGUGCAAGUGCUGUGAUUAACUACAGGAGAAGCAGACCCCUCGGCAGCUGCACGUCCCAAAUUAUUUUUGAACAAAAAUGUUUUUUCCUGUUACCACUCACAGGUAAGUGUUGAAGUUAUUUUGGGAAGAGAUGCACUGCACAGGAUUUCAUUUGGUUGGAAGCUUUAACAUCCUCAAGUAGUUAACUUUUAUUAUUAUAAUCCAGCUGGCUGUUGACAACCAGGCGUUGGAUUGCAAAUACUACCCAUCUUAUUAUUUCUAGUAUACCUGUAUUUCUAGAUGGUAAUUUUGUUCUGUUUUGUUUUUGUAAAAGGAAAAUAAAACGUAUUCAUUGUAGCUGCGAUGCUGCUGUCGUUUGUUUUUGGAGCUAAGA